GAGGUUAUUCCAAUGGACAGAAUCUGGCAGAAUUCAUAAGAGAUAAACUGAAGGCCUUGGAUGAUACCUGUUCCUCGAUUGUAGUGCGUACUCUGCACUGUGCACCAUGGCUUGUCUUCAAAGAGCUGAAGUAGCACUGCUGGGAUGUUUGUUGAUGCUCCUGUACCUGAGUGUCUGCUUCUGCCAGCGUGACUGCACUGGCGUGGACUGUCCCCUGCUGGACAAAUGUAUAGAAGAAGUGCUGGAGAGUGGCACCUGUUGCGCCUCAUGCUUACAAAAAGGUUGCACAUGUGAGGGCUACCAAUACUAUGAUUGCGUCAGUGCUGGAUUCAAGAAUGGCAAAGUGCCCGAGGGAGAUUCUUACUUUGUAGACUACGGCAGCACAGAGUGCUCCUGUCCUGCAGGUGGAGGGCGGAUCAGCUGCCACUUCAUCAGCUGUCCCGACAUGCCACCCAACUGCAUCGAGAUUUUAGAGCCUGCAGAUGGCUGCAUGCAGUGCGAACGUAUAGGGUGUGUCCAUGAUGGGCAAAAGUACGAGGCUGGGCACUCCUUCCACAUUGAAACCUGCCGGGUCUGCCACUGCCCUAAUGACGGCGGGGAGCUGAUGUGCUACCCUGUACCUGACUGUGAUUCGGAGAAAGUCCAUAAACCAAUGUUAGCUGUGCCCACAGUGGAGGACACAGUCAGCAGCCACUACAGGUUUGACCAUCAAGACCAUACGGAUCAGUUCUCAACACCAUACCACAUUCUACCAAAUGGUAACCUUCCUCUUUUCAAACCAUCAUCAUUUGAUAAGGAUGAAUCAGAGGACUAUGAUUAUGAUCCAACAGACCUUCCAGAGAGCUACCCUCAAACCCUAGCUUUCCCCACUCGGUCCCCUCCCUUCAGGAAGGUCACAUCUGUAUCUGGUGGCUCGGCCACGCCUGGCAGAAACCCUGCCACUCUGAGUUUGGAAAGACAAAGCAAGUUUGAGCUGAGAGAGAGAUAUGGAGUUCAUGACCAUCCUGCAGACGAAGAGGAUGUGACAGAACCUCCCCCAACAGAACAACAAAGUACUGUCAGGUCACAUAUGCAUGAGGACACCACGACUUCUUGGCAGGCCUCUCAGGGUCUGACAAGUGCACAAAGAGUCUCAGUCAGUGAUCAAAGUCCACAGACAGACUUAGAGAAUCCAAUGCAUGCACAAAGGAGUUUGGGUAGUGUCGUAUUUCCAUUAAAUCAAAGUUUAGAGAGUGAAAACCCCCCAAACGAGAGUUCAGAGAGAGAGAGUCCAGUACAUAUUCAGAGAAGCUCACAGCAUAAGACACAUGACAAAAAUGCACUGGAUAGUGUUAUACCCAGAGGUUCAAACGGUCAUAUCAAUGUUAGUCAUCCAGUCAGAAGUACAGAGAGUCACACAGUGUCACUCUCUCUUCACACACUGGAAAGUCCAGAGACCCCAGUCCUUUCCAGGUCAAGUUCAAAUGAUCACAUAGAAUUAGAGGGGACAGUCCAACCAGACAGUGAGGGAGGGGUGGACGCAGAGGAGAUGGAAGAGGAGGAGAAAGAAUUAGUAACUCUUCUGAGUGUCACUGAGCAGAAAAGCUACGUGGAGCCCGAAAACAUUGACCCAACCAGCAGCAACACAAAGACCACACCUGAGUUCAGCACCAUCUCCCCGAGGAGGCCAGAGGAGAACACAACACCCAUGGUCCAUUUUCUUAUGACCACCACUUCCCAGAUUCCAGUAAAGGCUGUUCUGGAUGAGGCUGAGCCCAGCAGAGAGCCACAUCUGUUUAACCUCCACAGUGAAGACAAAGAGGAGGUGAAGGAUGAAGUGAUGGAGGAGGAGAAGACACACCAGCCUUUUUCACCCAACCGACCUAAUGAGGGUCCAGGAGCCUCUGUUGAAGAGCUGCUGCAGAGCUGCUGUGCUGCUGGCCAGAAAUGGUUCAAUGAAAACAAUCACUGCAACCACAUGCCUCUGCUGACCGGUGACAGGAGCUCCAUGUGCAGUGUCGCACAAAACCAGUGCUGCCGCAGCUCACAGAAGGAGAGCCAGUGUGAAUUAGGAAUAACUUCAGCCAGAAGAGGAGACACAUGUGAGGUGGCUCAGGAGGAUGAGUGCGCACGUGACUCCUACCAGGUGUGCUGCAGCUGCUGUGCCCUUGGCUUAUGGAUGCGCAGUGGAGGAUAUGGCUGCGGUGCUCACCAGCACCUGGUCUACCCAUGCAGUCACGUCGCACUCACCUGCUGCGAGGAAGGCGAAGGUCCAAGUCAGGUGACGCUGAAGAAAAAGCAACAACCCAGACCAUCUCCAAUGCCUAGAAAAGUCUCAGACAGCGAGUAUCCCAAGGAGGCCUUCUCCAUCAGUGCCACAGAUGAAGCUGCCAAUGUGGUGGAGGAGCAGGAGGACAUGGAUGAGUGUCAGCUGUAUGCAGGCCAGCUGUGCCAGCACAAAUGCAUCAACGUCUUGGGUUCAUACCGCUGUGAAUGCCACCAGGGCUACAUUCUGCAGCAAGAUCGACACUCCUGUGCACCAGUGAGUCCAGAUGAAGACAACACAGUCAGAGAGGAAAGUCCGGCUGUGAUCCCAACACAAACCACCACCACCACUACAACCACCACAACCACCACACACCCAGUCCGCCUCAACCCUUGUGCAGCAAACGGUCCUUGCAGUCAGCAGUGUAUAACAGUGGCAGGCCAGGCUCACUGCUCCUGCUUCCCUGGCUUCUCAUUGAUGACAGAUGGUCGCAUGUGUGAAGAUGUGGACGAGUGCGUGACCAACACCCACAGCUGUCGGCCCAGUGAGCGCUGCGUGAACACAGUGGGAUCAUUUGUAUGCGAGCUGCAGGUCACUUGUCCUACAGGCUUCCAGCUGAGUAAUAGUGUUUGUGAGGACGUUGACGAGUGUGUGCUGCAAACCCAUAAGUGUGGUGUGGGCUCUGUGUGUGAGAACACCAUGGGCUCUUUCCUGUGUAUUACCAAACAGAAGUGCAUCAGCGGCUUCACACAGGACUCUCAUGGAAACUGCAUUGACAUAAACGAGUGCAGCAGCCGGACUGAGCCGUGCAGCUCGGGCUUUAACUGCAUCAACACCGUGGGCUCCUUCACGUGCCAGAAGAAGAUCAUCAUGUGCAGCCACGGAUACCACGCCAGCCCCGAUGGAGCCAAGUGUGUUGACACUGAUGAGUGUCAGAUGGGGACACACCGCUGUGGAACGGGCCAGAUCUGUCACAACCUCCCUGGCAGCUACCGUUGUGACUGUCAGACGGGCUACCAGUAUGAUGCUCUGCACAAAGUCUGCACCGACAUAAAUGAGUGCUGGCGUUACCCUGGCAGGCUGUGUGCCCAGACCUGUGAAAACACCCCAGGCUCCUACCACUGCUCAUGCACAGCUGGCUUCUCCCUUUCAUUUGAUGGCAAGAACUGUGAAGAUGUGAACGAAUGUGACAAACAUCCCUGUAGCCAGGAGUGCGCCAACAUCUACGGCUCUUAUCAGUGCUACUGUCGUCAAGGUUACCACCUGAAGGAGGAUGGACACACCUGUGAAGACAUUGAUGAGUGCUCUCAGAGCAUCGGGAACAUCUGUUCCUUCAAGUGUGUAAAUGUUGAAGGCAGCUAUCAGUGCUCCUGUCCUCCUCAUGGAUACACCAUGUCGGCCAAUGGACGCACCUGCAGAGAUAUUGAUGAAUGCACAACUGGUACCCACAACUGUUCACAUGCACAGACCUGCUAUAACCUGCAGGGAGGCUUCAAAUGUCUCUCCUUUGACUGUCCUCACAAUUACAAGAAGGUGUCAGACACCCGCUGUGAGCGAACCAGCUGUCCCAGCAACUCCUUGGACUGCCAGAACUCCCCUGUUCGGAUCACGUACUACCAGCUCAGCUUCCAGACCAACAUCAUCAUCCCAGCCCAGAUCUUCCGGAUCGGACCGUCGCCCGCUUACUCCGGGGACCACAUUGUCAUCAGCGUCACCAAGGGCAACGAGGAGGGCUACUUCAGCACCAGGAAGCUGAACAGCUUCAUGGGUGCCGUGUACCUGCAGAGACAAGUGCGCGAGCCCAGAGACUUCCUCAUAGAGGUGGAGAUGAAGCUGCUGAGGCAGGGAACGGUCACCUCAUUCCUCGCCAGGAUAUACGUCUUCAUCACAAGCAGCACUAUGUAACAGCAAAAUGAAAAGGAGACUAUUUCGUAUGGUGCCAACUUUUUCAUACAUACAUAUAUAUAUGUAUAUAUAUAUAUGUACAAACCCUCAUAUUCAAACUUUUUCAAGUAUCUUGUAAAACUUUUUUUUUUUUUUUUACGACCAAUCAUAUUUACUGAGAAACCAUGAGUGUUUUUCAGCUUGUGUCAUUUAGUUUCUAUGCUCCACGUUCAUACAGGCGGUGGAGAGGUGCUGCACUGAUUAAUCUGACUGAUUAAUCACGUAGUUGUUUGAUCCAUAAAAUGUCAUCAAUUGGUGGUGAGAAAUCUUCCCAAACCUCAAAAUGACGAUGUCCUCAAAUGAUUUGUUUUGACCACAUAACAAAGAUAAUCAGUUUAGUGUCACAGAGGAGCAAAGAAAGCAGAACAUGAAAGUGACAACACUCAAAACUGAUUAUUUGAUGAUCAAAGAAGUUGGUGAUGACUUAAUUCCGUGACUAAUUCAUUAAUCAAUUCUGCUCUGCUCUGGUUGAAUCUCUGUGAUGAUAAUUCCAUAAAGUCUGCAGAUAUAUUAGUAAACAGUAUAAGCAGCACUACAAGUUAAGGGCACUUGUCAUGUUUAGGCCUGAAACUGACAAAAUGUAUUGAACUUUUAUUUCAGAAUUCUUUCCAGUUAAAAAAUUUGAAUCUAAAAGAAGUAAAUGUUAAUGAUCGUUUAUGUUUAUUUUAACAAAAUGUUUAUGUUGUGCUUGGUUUGUUUCAGUCUUUUGUUGUUGCUUUUUGUUUGUGUGUUAUUUGCCAAAAAUGUAUCUGACUUCCCCGAAAAAUAUAAUGUUUAUAAGAUAAUGAAAAAAAAUGUCCAUAUUGUUUAUG